CCAAUGCCGUUUUUUUUUUUUUGACGUGAAUAGGAGUUGGCAUUAUUGGAUCACGUGACAUUCUGUACUUCCUUUUCCGUUUUCAACAACGUGGACAUCGGGUGUGGAACUGAAAAUGGCAGCAAGGCCACUUAUUUCAGUUCACAAUGAAAAAGGUGAAACUACAGAACAGACCAUCUCUCUACCUGCUGUCUUUAAGGCACCAAUUCGCCCUGAUAUUGUCAAUGCUGUACACUUUCAGAUGCUAAAGAAUACCCGUCAUCCAUAUGCAGUUUCUGUAAAAGCUGGUCAUCAGACAUCUGCUGAAUCAUGGGGUACAGGUCGUGCUGUAGCUCGUAUCCCAAGAGUUCGUGGUGGAGGUACCCAUAGAUCUGGUCAAGGUGCCUUUGGUAACAUGUGUCGUGGUGGUAGAAUGUUUGCCCCAACUAAAACAUGGAGACGUUGGUAUCGCAAGAUCAAUACUAACCAGCGUAGAUAUGCUAUCACUUCAGCUAUUGCUGCUACUGGAGUGCCUGCACUUGUCAUGUCAAAAGGUCAUCGUAUUGAGGAAAUCCCUGAAGUUCCACUUGUUGUCAGUGAUAAAGUUGAGGAAAUUAAAAAAACUAAAGAAGCUGUUCAGGUUUUGAAAAAGUUGAAGGCUUGGUCUGAUAUUGAAAAGGUGUACAACAGCAAACGGUUCAGAGCUGGUAGAGGCAAGAUGAGAAAUCGUCGCAGGAUUCAGCGCAGAGGCCCAUUGGUGAUUUACAACAAAGACAAUGGGAUAACUAGAGCUUUUAGAAAUAUCCCUGGUAUCACACUGAUCAGUGUGGAUAGACUAAACUUGUUGAAAGUAGCACCUGGUGGUCAUGUUGGUAGAUUUUGUAUUUGGACUGAAUCUGCCUUCAAAAGACUUGAUGAUAUCUAUGGAACUUGGCGCAAAGAGUCAAAAGAGAAAAAAGGAUACAACUUGCCCAUGCAUAAGAUGGCAUCAUUUGACCUGGCCAGACUUCUCAAGAGUGAUGAAAUUCAGUCUGUUUUGAGAGAUCCCAAGAGAGACAUCAAGCGUAGAAUUCUGAAGAAGAAUCCUCUUAAGAAUUAUCGGGUCAUGGUCAGACUUAAUCCACAUGCUAAGCAUGCUAAGAAACUGGCUAGGCAUACUGAAUUGAUGCGCAAGAGAGCCAAGGAGGAGCAACUCAAUAAAAAACGUGGUAUUAAGAAGCCACUUGAGCCUCUCCCUAAAGGCAAGGCUGCAGCUAAGAAAGCUAAACGUGCUGCCAAGAAGGGAGUGGCAAAGAAGCCAGCCAAAAAAUAAAUUACAAUUUUUAAAAGUGAAAUAAAAGUUUUCAUUAUA